GAUUCGCGCACGUCCAAUAAAUAGUUAUUUUAUAAUUUUAAAUUUGGCUUGAAGUGGUAAAGAUGCAAAUGAAAGUGCCUGAUGUCAAUCGCUGUUGUUUUUGUCUACCUUUACGACCGGGAAUCAUUUUAUUUGCUUAUCUAAAUAUAAUAUUUUCAGUCGUAUCGGUAACAUGCUUGGUAAUAACCACAGAAUUGCAAAGAACUUCAAUAACGUAUGACGCCUCGGUUGAGAUCAUGAUAUCUACCGUCCUCUUUAGCAUUCUCGGUAUGGGUGUUAUACUCAAUUUCUUGCUUCUUAUUGCUGGUUACCAGAAAGAUAUUUCGAUGUUGCGUCUUUAUAACUACUACGCGCUGGUCACAACGCUAGCCGCUUUAGUGCCAACCUGCUUCCUAUUUUCCAGAAAAAUGUUCACGGAAGUGUUCAUCGCUUUGUUUGUGAUAGCAAUACAGUGCUACGUCAUCGUGCUUGUAAGAAGUGAAGUGGUAAAACUAGAAGAAAGUAAAUUGAAGACGACUGAAGUUACGAAUUCACAUUUUCAAAACCGUAUUGAUAUUUCGGAUCGUGUUACUUUAGUGUAAAAAACUUAGUUUUAAGUAACUUGAAUUGUAUUAAUCUAAGAAUUAAAUUAAGAACGUAAAUGGAUUCCCAAAAACUUAUUUGUGUUUAUAAUUCAUCUCUUGAUCGACAUUAAAGGAAAACAUAAAGAGCACACCUGUAUGUGUUGCUAAAAUUCUGUCACAUGUGUGGAUAGGUACAUAUCCAUAAAACUGCAUUGGAACUACAUGGUGAAUUGAACUUCAAGCCUUUUAGUGGUGGCUUUUGACCAGUAGUGGAAUAUGUACAAGUUGUUGCUUUACUAAUUCUAACAAUCAGAUUUUUUAUUUUUUAUUUUAGUGGAAUGUCCCACCUGAUCAUAUAGAUGUUAUAAUAUAUAUUGUUUGAGUAGUCAUGUCGAUUUUAGUUUCGUAUAUUAAAUUAAAUUUAU